UGAGGUGUAUGCUUGGGGUAACAACUCCAUGGGCCAGUGUGGCCAGGGUAACUCUACUGGUCCCAUCACCAAGCCGAAGAAGGUGGUUGGUCUGGACGGUGUGGUCAUCCAACAGAUCUCAGCUGGUACCUCCCACAGCCUGGCAUGGACCGCUCUGCCCAGGGACAGACAGGUGGUAGCGUGGCACAGACCCUACUGUGUGGACCUGGAAGAAUGCACCUUCUCUCACCUGCGUUCCUUCCUAGAGCGCUACUGUGACGGCAUCAACAGCGAGGUGCCACCCCUCCCCUUCCCCUCCUCCAGGGAGCAUCACAACUUCCUGAAACUCUGCCUUCGACUGCUGUCCAAUCACCUGGCUUUGGCUCUGGCCGGGGGAGUGGCCACCAGUAUCCUAGGGCGACAGGCCCGCCCCCUCCGGAACCUUCUCUUCAGACUGAUGGAUUCCUCUGUUCCUGAUGAGAUCCAAGAGGCUGUGAUUGAGACUCUGUCUGUGGGGGCCACUAUGCUGUUACCUCCUCUGAGAGAGGAUGGAGCUUCUCCACUCCCUGCUGCCCCAGGGACCUGACAGAUGGGAGAGUCUGUCUAAAGGACAGAGGAUGCAACUGGACAUCAUUCUGACUUCGCUCCAGGACCACACCCACGUAGCAUCCCUCCUGGGGUUCAGCUGUCCCCCCGAGGCCCCCGAGGCCCUGGCCUCCUCCUGCGGCCUGGACCCCUCCUACGGAGCCCCCGGCACCAACCCUGACACACACCUGGCUGAGAUCCUAAUGAAGACCCUGCUCAGGAACCUGGGCUUCUACACGGACCAAGCGUUUGGGGAACUAGCAGAAGAACAGUGACAAGCUGCUCCAGGGAACGUCUUCCUCAGACAGCAGUCAGC